CCGCCCACAAGCAAAAUGAAUGUGCAGCAAUAGUACCCUCUGUAUUUUAGCAGUGGCUUUUUUCUAUCUUUUUCGCCAUCAUCCACAUUUGUACAAUAGGUGACCAGCAUCGAAGAAGAAUUGGGAAGACCCUUUGCUUAUUCAAUACAGUGCUUUAAGAUUUCAAAACCUUGAUUGAUCUGUGUUUGCCCAAAAGAUGACGCAAGAUAGUACAUCCAAGAACAAGAGCAAUGAUGUUGAUUCAAAAUCAAUCGAAGAUGUUUCAAUUGAUACAAGCACAAAUCCUGAAUCUGACACUUUGAACAAGAGUACAUCCAUCUCACACGAUGAUAAAAUGCUGGAAAGUGCUGACAAAUUGGAUGAAGCCCAUGAAGAUAUCGCAGAUUUACCGGCAAAGCGAAAGAGUACAGAGCUAGAUAUGGAUCAUGCAGAAUCUCUGCGGCGGAAACGUGAUCGUGAAGGUAGCUUGGAGCCAACUCUAACACCAUCUCAAAAAGAGAUACCUGCAAAGAAGAAUCGAUUGCAAGACGAUACAAGUGCUAAUGAUCCACCCGGCUCAGCCCCUUCUUCUCCUAGUCGAAAGUCGAACAUCGAAGGAGAGAAAGUUGGACAAAUUCGCAAGCGUGUAGAAGAUUUAAGCUGGAAACAACGCAAAGAAGGAAAUCGAGACGGAGGGGACGAUGAUGAAGGCGAUGUUGUGACUAAUCACAAGGAAGAAUUGAAGAGAAAGACGUCUGCAGAUAAUGACGAUGAACAGGAAAGCAGCAUCAAAGAUGAUGCUGAUCAUGCAGAACCACAAGCCAAAAAGUCAAGCCAGCCAACAUUUUCAUCAUUUUCCUCAUCAUCGGGCUUCGGGUCGGCUAAAAAGGAUGCUAGUUCAUCGAUUUUUGACCAAGAUGCAAAGGCUGCAACUGAAAAGGCACCCAAAUCUCCUCCUCCAUUGCCAGCUCGAACUCAACCUACAUUCUCAUCUUUCUCAAAAUCAGGAUCACCUUUCAACUCUGCUACUGCAAGCAUUGCCGGUCCAAGCUGGCUAGCCGGUAAAUCGACAGCUUCCGGCGGUCUGAAGCCAAGUUCUCUAGGAGCCGUGCCAGGAUCGUCAAGCGCUGGGUCUGAUAAACCUUCUGUACCAUUAGGCAAUACCUCCAGCUCAUCCACCUCACCACCUCCUUCAAAUGCUGCAUCCUCGAAGGGACUUGGCUUUGGUGCUUUCGCAUCUGCAAAUCCGUUCUCACCCAAAGGUUCCGGUCGUAUGGCAUCACCUGCUCUCGGAUCAGACAAGAAGUCCAGCGAAGCGAACGAUGCAUCACAGGCAGAUAAUGUCAAGGAAAGUGAGAAAGGAACAGAAGAGGAAAACGGACGAAGUUUCGAUGAAGCAUUAAAGGAAAAAGGAGAGAAAGAAGAAGGCAAACAAAAAGUGGAAACACAAUUGGACAAAGGACAAGCAGAUCUUCGAACGGGAGAAGAAGAUGAAUUUGCCGUUGCAUCCGUUCGAGCGAAAUUGUUCACAAUGGCAGAAGAUCAAAGUUGGAAAGAAAGAGGGACAGGAACGGUACGAUGCAAUGUGCCAAAAGUGGAAGGUGGCGGAAUGGGAGGAGCACGAUUGGUAAUGCGAUCAGAAGGCGUUUUACGUUUGAUUUUGAACAUUAAAUUAUUCAAAGGUAUCAAAGUCAAUUUGGAACAAGAUAAAUUCUUAAGGAUCGUCGCUUUUGAGGAUGGAAAGCCUGCUCAUUUUGCUUUGCGAAUCGGUAACGCAUCUGCUGCCAGUCAAUUUUAUUACACCAUUCGCGAUCAUAUUCCCACCACGGACAACGAGGCUAAAACCGUUGCAGAAGUUGCUUAAAAGUGGAUUUCUGUUUAAUGAUAAGCCGCACUAAAGACGGCAAGAAAGAUUCUGUACCAAUAUCGUAUCUCCAUUUACCGCAAUGAGAUCAAAUUAAGAGAAAGUACAAAUUUUUAGCC